UCAAAAAAAUCAAAACGUUUCACGAUCCCAGGACACAGCAACAACACAAGUUCCGCGUUUCAGCGUCAAAAGAGAAAGGAACGUUUUCCUCUGCAACUUCUCCCCUUACCCCUCUACCCCUUCUCCUCCUGCUAAUUAAGAUACACUCUAUAAAUCUCAGCGGCCCAUUUGCGUAUUUGAUAGUACUAAUUGUGUCGUUGCCCACCACUUCUGUUUUCUUGCGGGUAUUUAUUUCUGUGAAUGAAAGGUUUGAACGUGGAUCUAUUUGACCCACGUUCGACGAUGGACUCUGAUUUUUCACCUGGUGGCGGUGCCGAGCGGCCAAUUGAGCCUCGUCAUGGCUCGGGUUCCGACUCGGAUUUCGCCUUCGCAUUUAACGACAGCAAUUUCUCCGACCGGGUCUUGCGAGUUGAGAUUCUACCGGAUUUGCCCGACUCCAAAUCCGACCCCGAUGGAUGCACCACCAUUGCUGAUUGGGCUCGCAACCGGAAACGCCGCCGUGAGGAAAUCAGAAAAGAAAAUGCCGCAGAGAUUAUGCAACGAGAGGAGCAGGUUUUGAGUUGCAAUAUGCCAGAUACGGAUGAUAUUCUUGCAUACGAAAACCAAGAUGAGGAAGCCAUAGCUAUGGUUGAGGAAUCCACUGGUAUUGGAAUGUCAUCUAUUCAACUUGGUGAUGGAUCCACUGAGAACAAUAACUCAUCCACAAAUAUGGACUGCUCUACUGUCCUUCACGUUAGGACCAUACACAUCAGUUCUCCAAUUUUGGCAGCUAAGAGUCCUUUUUUCUAUAAGUUAUUCUCAAAUGGUAUGAGGGAGUCAGAGCAACGACAAGUAACUCUUCGCAUUCAUGCCUCUGAAGAAGCUGCCCUCAUGGACCUCCUCAAUUUUAUGUAUAGCAAUAGUUUAUCAACAACAAUGCCCUCUGCUUUAUUAGAUGUGCUAAUGGCUGCUGACAAGUAUGAGGUUGCCUCGUGCAUGAGAUACUGUAGUCGGUUAUUGCGUAACUUGCCCAUGACUUGUGAGUCAGCCCUACUUUAUUUGGAUCUUCCUUCAAGUGUUUUAAUGGGCGAUGCAGUUCAGCCGCUGACAGAUGCUGCAAAACAGUUCCUUGCUGCACGUUACAAGGACAUUAGCAAGUUCCAGGAUGACGUACUGAAUUUACCUCUAGCUGGAGUUGAGGCAGUUUUAUCUAGUGAUGAUCUUCAGGUUGCUUCAGAGGAUGCUGUUUAUGAUUUUGUCCUCAAGUGGGCCCGUAUCCAUUAUCCCAAGUUGGAAGAGAGACGAGAUAUACUAGGCGCACGCCUUGCUCGGUUAAUCCGUUUUCCAUACAUGACCUGCAGAAAGCUGAAAAAAGUCCUCACAUGCAAUGAUUUUGAUCGUGAACUUGCUUCAAAUGUUGUACUUGAUGCUCUUUUUUUCAAGGCUGAAGCACCAUACCGGCAGCGCUCCCUUGUGGCAGAAGAGUCUAAUGCCUCUUACCGACGUUUUGUGGAGAGAGCAUACAAGUACCGACCGGUUAAGGUGGUGGAGUUUGAAUUACCUCGUCAGCAAUGCAUUGUUUACCUCGAUCUGAAGCGGGAGGAGUGUGCAAAUCUCUUUCCUGCUGGUCGAAUUUAUUCCCAGGCUUUCCAUUUGGGCGGGCAGGGGUUUUUCUUAUCUGCCCAUUGCAACAUGGACCAGCAGAGUUCCUUCCAUUGCUUUGGACUGUUCUUGGGUAUGCAGGAGAAGGGUUCAGUAUCUUUUGCAGUUGAUUAUGAGUUCGCAUCAAGGUCAAAGCCUACCGAGGAGUAUACCAGCAAGUAUAAAGGAAACUACACUUUUACUGGAGGGAAGGCUGUUGGUUACAGGAACCUGUUUGGCGUUCCUUGGACGGCAUUUGUGGCCGAUGAUAGUCCAUAUUUCAUCAAUGGAAUUCUUCACCUCAGGGCUGAGCUCACAAUCAAGCAGUGACUUCAGAGUGAUAUGCUUGCGAAGAGCCUUGUUUAAUACACAUAAUAGUAGCAUUACUAAUCUCUAGAUGGCAGUUAGAGCAGAAUACAAUUAAUCUGUGCAGGCUUAAUACUACAUACAUGUGAGUGGAGGCAAGUCUCUCCGUGAUAACUGAGGUUGUUGAAUGAUGAGUUCUUCUGGACGAUUGGGGUUGUUAAGUGCGUGCCAGAUGUUACCUAUGUAAUUAAAUUUCCGAAUCUUUGUAAUGGUUCUUGUACCCCCACCCAAAAAAAAAAGAAAAACCGAAUGGUUCUUCGCUUAGCGUCAA